AUAAAGCCAAACAGGACUCAAAGGAGUAGAGAGAUUGAACACGAAGAGAAGAAAUGUCUUUGCAAUAUUAGAGAUUCAAGAGUCCACAACUACUCCCUCAAAGUUCCCACCAUAUACCUUCUUCUUCUUCUUCUUCCUUCUUCUCGUAAACCAAACCAACUCUGCCAAUGAAGCAGAAAAAUCAACUUUGCAUAAUUUUCCAUUCUUUUAAAUGAAAACACCACCUUCCUCCUCCGUGCCCCUCUGUCUCGUCGUCGCCGCCCUGCUUAUACUCUCUCUGCCACGCUCUUCUCAUGGCCUCGGUUCCGGCGCUACCCUUGCCGUCUCUGACGCCUCCGCCACCGUGUGCGCCGUCGUGGCAGGCGAGUCCAUUCGCCGCAUUCAGUGUUACCGUCAGGGACAGAGUGUCUCCAUCAUUCCCAACGUUAGUUUUUCAAUGAUUUCGGGUGGGAGGAACUACUUCUGUGGUCUAAGGUCAAGUAACUCAGAUUUACUUUGUUGGAACACAAGCUCUUCCUUCGAAAGGAGAAGGCUUUACAACGAUAGUUCUGUUCCAUUGGAGAAUCUGGCCGUUGGGGAUACCCACGUUUGCGCCACCGAGGUGGGUGCUGGCACGGUCAAGUGCUGGAGAACCGGUGACACGUUUCAGCUUCCUUCUGUGACUGAUACAUUCUCUUCGAUCUCAUCUGGGUCUGGCUUCUCUUGUGGAAUUUUGAGGAAUAAUUCUCGGGUUCGGUGCUGGGGAGACACCAGCGUUUCGGAUUUAACGGAACGGAUUGAGAAUGCAUUUGGGAACAUGUCCAUGUUGAGUCUUGUCGCAGGUGGUUCACAUGUUUGUGGAUUGAACUCAACUGGGUUUGUGGCAUGUGGCGGAAAUAACGAUUCUGGACAACUUGAUUUUCCUCAAGGUGGGGCUUUUGAGUAUUCUGCGGUGGCGCUUGGAGCCGAACAUGGCUGUGCUAUCAGAGGAUUGAAUGGUUCGGUUGUGUGUUGGGGUGGCAAUGGGGGAUUCUUGGGGACUAAUGUUACGGAUGGAGUUUCCUUUGAGGUAAUUGUUUCUGGGUCUAAUUUUGUUUGUGGAUUGACAACAAACAAUUUGACAGUGGUGUGUUGGGGUCCUGGUUGGUCUAAUAGUUCGACGUUUGAGCUUCCUUUUCCACCUGUUCUUCCAGGGUCUUGUGUUCAAUCUUCCUGUGGAGAGUGUGGUUCAUAUCUUGAUUCUCAAUCUCUAUGCUCUGGCUCUGGUAACAUUUGUAAACCAAUGACUUGUAAGCCUCAAACAACAGCUCCACCGCCGCCAUCACCGUCACCGCCUCCACCAUCAAUGCCACCGCCGCCAGCAUCACCGCCACCGCCACCACCUUCGUCAUCGCGAUCAAAGACCUUGACAAACGGGUUAUUGGCAUUUGCUAUUAUCGGUUCUGUGGGAGCUUUUGCUGGAAUAUGCACUAUAGUUUAUUGCUUGUGGAGUGGUGUUUGUUUUGGGAAGAAGAAAGUUCACAAUUCUGUGCAGCCUACAAUCACAAGAGGUAGCAGUGGUUCAAACGGUGGGGGUGCUUCUAAUAAUAGCAAUUCUUCAAUAUCAUCUAUGAUUAUGCGUCAGACUUCAAUAAUAAUGAGACGCCAGAGGAGUGGAACGUCCUCAACGAAGCACCCAGACAGGGCUGAGGAGUUCACCCUGGCCGAGCUUGUGGCAGCCACCGACAAUUUCUCAGCAGAAAACAAGAUCGGAGCUGGAAGCUUUGGUGUUGUGUACAAAGGCAAACUCGCGGAUGGACGCGAGGUGGCAAUCAAGAGGGGUGAAACUGGUUCCAAGAUGAAGAAGUUUCAAGAGAAGGAAAGUGCAUUCGAGUCUGAAUUGGCCUUCUUGUCUCGUCUACACCACAAGCACUUGGUUGGACUGGUUGGAUUCUGCGAAGAGAAAGAUGAGAGGCUCUUGGUGUACGAGUACAUGAAGAAUGGGGCGCUGUAUGAUCAUUUGCAUGACAAGAACAACGUGGAGAAGGGUAACAGUGUGUUGAAUUAUUGGAAAAUAAGGAUAAAAAUUGCUUUGGAUGCUGCCCGGGGAAUAGAGUAUCUUCAUAAUUAUGCAGUUCCAUCAAUUAUUCACAGAGACAUAAAGUCUUCUAACAUUCUUAUUGAUGCUACUUGGACGGCAAGAGUAUCGGAUUUUGGAUUGUCUAUGAUGAGUCCAGAACCCGACCGUGAUCACCGACCAAUGAAGGCAGCAGGAACCGUUGGAUACAUUGAUCCGGAGUACUACGGUUUAAAUGUAUUGACGGCAAAGAGUGAUGUGUAUGGGCUGGGAGUUGUACUACUGGAACUUUUAACAGGAAAGAGAGCUAUAUUCAAGUAUGGGGAAGACGGAGGCAGCCCACUAAGUGUGGUGGACUUUGCAGUGCCUCGUAUUUUGGCUGGAGAAUUGGUGAAAAUUUUGGAUGAAAGGGUUGGACCACCCGAUGUGAAUGAGGCAGAGGCAGUGGAAUUAGUGGCCUAUACAGCUGUCCAUUGUGUGAAUUUGGAAGGGAAAGAUAGACCAACCAUGACUGACAUUGUGGUCAAUUUAGAGAGAGCUUUGGCUGUUUGUGAGAGUAGCCAUGAUACCAUUUCCAGUGGCUCUAUCUCUGUUGUUUCAGAAUGAUAAAAGGGGACAAAAUAUUGAAAAUUUUGUGAAUUCUUCUUAUUCAUUUUUCUCAA